UGGGCACCGGGUCGGGUUAGACCGGGCCGGGGCAGGGGCUCCGCGCCCCCUCCUGACCCCUCCACCCGCAGCUUCACGGACCCCAGCGUGUCCAUGGACCUGCUGCGCGCUGUGCUGCAGCCCAGCAUCAACGAGGAGAUCCAGGGCAUCUUCAACAAGUACAUGAAGUUUUUUCAGACAGCAGCAAUCAACGUGCGUGAUAACGUUGGGGAGGAGGUGGACCCAGAGCAGCUCAUCCAGGAGACCUGUAGGAGCUGCCUGGAACAGGCCAAACUGUUGUUCUCCGAUGGCAAAAAGGUGGUUCCCAGGUUGCCUCAUGAGCAGGCAGUGCCAAAGCGUGCCCGUCAGAUGGAUGAGGAGCUGAGCCGUCGAGGGAGCCCCAUUCCAAAAAAGAGGAAGGGGCGGCCCCCAGGACAGAGCCUGUCAAAUGACCGCGGAGUCUCAGGCAUGGCAGCGUGGAAGCUCAAAGUCUCUGAGUCUGUGAAAAGGGAUGGACCGAAGUGGGAUCCAUCCCGACUGACUGAAACCACAACCUUUGUGCUGGGAUCUCGAGCAAACAAAGCUCUCGGGAUGGGAGGAACAAGAGGGCGACUCUACAUCAAGCAUCCCCAUCUCUUUAAGUACGCAGCCGACCCGCAGGAUAAGCACUGGCUGACAGAGCAGCAGCACAUGAGGGCCAUCGGGGGCAAGAUGGCCUACCUCCUCAUCGAAGAGGACAUUCGGGAUUUGGCUGCCAGUGAGGAUUACAGGGACUCUGUUGAUCUGCGGCUGGAAGAGCUGAAACCCUUCAUCCCACCAGCCUGGAUGACCGAGAAGAUGCAGAAGCACAUGGAGACGCUUCGCCGCGGGGGGGACGUGCCGCCCCCCGAGGAGCCCCUCGAACCUUGAUACCCCCUAAUAAAACCGCUUCGUUCCCA